GCACAUACGUAUUUGUCCAUUUUAGUCUCUCAAGUAUUUCUAUCAUACGUAGAAGUAGAUUUCCUCCUCUAGUGAACAGUUAUUACCUCCCAUGUUUGAGAACAAGUUAAGAAGUUAUUGUCUUCCAUCCCUGUACAUUGUAUCCAGUAGCAUUAGUAACAAGUUACGCUAUAAAGUAACCAAGUCAACUAACCGAGCACGUUUAUUUGGGCAUAUCUGAGUGGAAUCUAUCUAAUAAACGCACUAAACAGUGGCUAUCUAACAACGAGCCGGACUGUCUUGUUUGCAGUCAGCGUUUAGUUUAUUUUCAGCCGCCUCGUAUGCUACAUUCGUGAUUUGGACGUGGAAAACUGUCGAACAUGGGUUCGGAGCAGGCGAAUUGUGAAGAAUAUAUGAGAAAUUUAUUGGGUGAAAGUGGAAAAGAGCCAAUCGACAAAGAUAAACAGAGCGUUGAGAUAGAGCUACCACCAUGGUUCGACGCAGAAUUAUUUAAAAAAGGCCAAAAAAACUACUUCAAGUACGCUGGUGCUAUGAGCAAUGGUAUGCUGGUUGGCUUAAUAGCAGUUCUAGCCAUUCCCAGUAUCCUGAAAGUGCUUAUAUGUUCAAGAAGAUCAGGCACCCCAUUAGAUGCUUAUAGGAGGUAUAUUAGGACCAUAUUUCAUGUCGUCGCGUGGCAUGAUAACGAUAUGAAGUCUGGAACAAAAGCUUGGCAAAGUAUCACAAUAGUCCGGAAAACCCAUUUAGCCUCUCGGAAAAUGUGCGAGCGCGCUGAGCAGAUCACCAUUACUCAACGGGAUAUGGCCUUAACUCAAUUCGGUUUCUUAGGAUUUUUAGUUUUAAAGCCACGUAUGCUCGGUUUGCCUGAUACACCAGAUGUUAUGGAACCUCUUAUACAUCUUUGGCGAGUCGUGGGAUAUUUGAUGGGAAUCAAGGAAGAGUUCAAUAUUUGCACAGACUCUGUGUCCACCACGAAAGAGCGUAUGAAUGCAAUUUUGAGUAAUGUUUACAGGCCUGCGCUUGAAAAAACUGGGGAACAGUUCGAUCUUAUGAGCAAAGCCCUCCUUGACGGCCUUUGGUACUCUGAUGUUAUUCUUAACUUCAGGCCCUAUAUGUGUUUUGCCAAACGAUUAGCCGGUUGUGAAGGAUAUGAAUACUUCAAGUCAGAUUUUGAAAAACCCCCUUCUGAAGAAACUAUUAAAAAACUGAAAUAUCAGCAACUUUUAUGGUGGGAGCGAGCUGUUCUUUUCUACUACAUUGCUAUAUACGAAUAUCUCUACAAAAUAACAAUUUUUCGGAUUCUUUAUAAUAUAAAGUCUUAUGUUAUGGUUAUUUUUAAUUAUUACUUUCCAAUUGUCGCUAUGUAUAAAUUUGGUAUUAGAAAGGCAUAUGUUCGAAUAUUCCAUGGGAAGAGUACGGAACCAAACAAACAAUACGAUUAGAAUGACAAUAUUAAGUUAAGGCUAAAACUAUUUAAUUAACACCGAAAGUCAAAUCAGGAACUGUUCCAUAUAGUUGUAAGGGAAUCUUGGUGACCCUCGCAAAGCUGUUGACGUUUUGCGUUCAUAUGCAGUCAUGUACUAUAAGUUCCGCAAUAAAGCAAUUUAUCCCAAGGGGAUAUAGCAGUUAGGAAACAUUGAGGUUUGCUUUUUUGUAAUUUUCUGUAAUUUCCAGUUGGAUUCAGUAACGUGAACAGCUUUGCAUGCAGUAAUUUUAUUCCGAAAAAAAGUGAUUUCAAUUAGGCUACUACUUCAAUUUCUGCAGU